CCACCGUAUCGUGUCGGGUGUGUGCUGCCUGCUGCCUUGAUGGGGCUGGUGUCCCACCAUCAGUCAGCAGCGCCGUCUUGUCCGCAGGCGCUCCACGACGAGAUCAAGUCUCACCACCGUAUCGUGUCGGGCGUGUGCCGGCUCUGCAAUCAGCUGUCCGAGGGUGGCGCCCGCCGGCGACUGGCGCGUGUGGCCGACCGGCUGGACACCAGCUGGCAGCAGAUCUUCCUGCGCGCAUACGAGUGGACCUGCCACCUGGAGGGUCUGCUCGACCAGUUCAAACAGGGUCACCUGCCGCGCGUGGAGGACGGCUAUUCGGCGGACGAGGACGAGCGCGAGCCCCAGAGCAAAGUGCGCCGACUCGGGAGCUGGGACGACCCCGCCUCGGCGCACAGCAUCCACUCAGACGCCGGCUCCUUCUUCGAGGACGACUACCUGCCGAGCAUCAGCGGCAUGAAGGUGCUGCAGGCGAGCAACGGCAGCGGCCCGACGACGCCGGCUAAGCGCGUGGAGAGGGAGGUGCUCGACAUCGGCUACUCGUCCGAGAACUCAGGCCAGUCGAGCGACUCGAGCGAGGCGGCCGACGUCUCGCCGGGCGCCGAGUCGACCGCCAGCGCGCCCGGCCGCCUCGCCAGCGGCGUGCGCCGCGCCGCCGUCAACGCCUCCAACGUCCGCUGUGAGGUCAUCAACGCCGACCUGAACGGCAACGGCUCCGACGCGCCGGCGGCGUCAGAUGGUCGCCAUGGCGACGCGCCGGCGCCGGCGCCAGGUGGCAGUGGCGGCGCUGGCGGCGUGCCAGGCGGGCGAGCGGACGGCGCCGAGCCGUUCAGUGUCUCGCAGCGGCCGGCGGAGAACUGCGGCACCUUCUACUUCCGACACAGCGACACCGAGUCGGAGGGAGCGCGGCGACGGCUGCGGUACGAGCCUGCCAGCUCGGACCUGGAGUACGCCAGCCCGGCCUGGCCCGACACAGACUCCGACUGGCUCAACAACUCGGGCCUGGACGACAGCGAGCUGGAGCAGAUCGGCUUCGCCACGGCGCAGGAGCUGCUCUCCGAGCUGGGCGAGCACGAGGAGGACGCGGGCGGCGGCGCGGCGGUGACGGACAGCAGCUGUGACGCCAGCGGUGAGUACACCACCGGCGAGUCGGACGCCGAGACGGCCUCGUCGGCCUCUGAGGACCUCACCUGCAGCAUGGUCACAUGCCACGAGCUGGCCACGCCCACCAACGCACCUGCCCCUGGCGGCAGUCCGGACGGCGCCACGCCCAAGGUGGUGCUGCGCAGCAAGAAGCGCCGCUCGGGCGAGCGGCCCUGGAGCCUGCACGGCCUGACGUCUGCCGGCCGGCCGCGCGCCGCGCCGCUUUCCGUCUCCGAGACGGCGCUCAACGAGAUGGUGACGCCGACCGCCGAGAAGGGCGUCACCUCCAGCUCGAGCAACACCACCGUGUCGGCCGGCGCCAUCCCCAGAGAGCUACACCGCAGCUCGCUGCUGUCGUGCGCCACCGAGGCCACCCUGGUGGAGGUGUCGCCGCGCACGGCCUCCGAGGGCUCCUCACCCCGCCACGGCGGCCCGCCGCAGGCCGACGAGGUCGGCUCCUUCUCCGAGCAGGCCUGGGACCCAUACCAGGAGCUGAAGGAGGUAACAGAAGUGGGCUCCGAGGGCUCGGUGGACCGCGACGCCGUGCUGCGCCUGCUCGACUGCGACGACUACCGCAAAUACAUUGACUCGCAUUCGGACUGCGCCUCAUCGCAGGUCAGCAGCGCGCGCGGCCCGCCGCGUUCGCCGCUCAAGAGGAGCCGCCGGAAGCCGCGGGCGUUGAGCGACUCCCUGGACAGUGACUCGGACGGUGACGGCGUGCAGGCCAUCCUGGCCGAGUCGUGCCGGAACCUGGCCGUGGUGCAGACCGAGCUGGAGCGGCGCGCCGCCGACUCGGACGCCACCUAU